ACGGUAGCAACAGUGAUGUCACAUCCGCCCAUUGACGAUUCGGGAGCUUGAAAGGGCUGAAGCAUGGCAGACACCGGCGUAGUGGAAUUACUUCUAAAAAGAAUAGAAGUCGUUGACGGAGGUGUUGACAGCCAGGAUGUGGCCAUUACUCUGUCCGUGGACCACCAAGUUGUUGUUGGUGCUGUUAAAAGUCUCCAAUCCUUAGGAGAUAUAAUCUCAGCUGAGCAGCGCUCGUCUAAACACUGGGAGCUGACUGGGGAGGGACAAGAAACCGCAGAGAAGGGGAGUCAUGAAGCUCGUGUCUACAAUGCUAUCCCUGAGGAGGGCCUUCCCCAAAGUGAACUUAUGAAACUGCCAAGUGGAAAGGUGGGCUUCAGCAAAGCCAUGUCCAACAAAUGGAUUCGCGUGGACAAAGGUCAUGAGGGUGGGCCCAGAGUCUUCAGAAUGGUGGAGAGAAUAGAUGAUUCCGUCCAGGAGAAGAUGGUGCAGAUCCAGAAGGGCCUCGCUAAUGAUGUGGAUGAGAAGGAAAAGAAUGAGCUGAAGAAACGUAAACUGCUGACAGAAGUGACUGUCAAGUCCUACUGGAUCACCAAAGGCCCUUCCUUCAGCACCACCAUCACCAAGCAGGAGACUGAGCUCACGCCGGAGAUGAUUGCUAGUGGGAGCUGGCGACAGAAGUCCUUCAAACCCUACAAUUUUGAAGCCCUUGGUGUAGCUUUGGACUGUGGACACCUGCAUCCACUCUUGAAAGUGCGCACACAGUUCAGACAGAUCUUUUUGGAGAUGGGGUUCACAGAAAUGCCCACAAACAAUUUCAUUGAGAGCUCCUUCUGGAAUUUCGACUCCCUUUUCCAGCCGCAACAGCAUCCUGCAAGAGACCAGCAUGACACAUUCUUCUUAUCUGACCCCGCUGUGUCUCAUGAGUUUCCCCAGGACUACCUGGAGAGAGUGAAGAAGGUCCAUUCUGAAGGUGGCUAUGGAUCACAAGGAUACAAGUAUGACUGGAAGAUAGAAGAGGCCCAGAAGAAUAUUCUCCGCACACACACCACAGCUGUAAGCGCUCGCAUGCUUUACAAGCUGGCGCAGCAGUGCUUACAAGAAGAAAAGAAAAAAUUAGCGAAAAAAGAAGGGCAAUCUAAUAAAAAGAAAAGAGGUGGUAAACGAAGAAGGAAAAGAAGCGAAGAGGCAAAGUUCACACCUGUCAAGUACUUCUCCAUUGACAGGGUGUUCAGAAAUGAAACCCUGGACGCUACUCACCUGGCCGAGUUUCAUCAGAUAGAGGGUGUGGUGGCUGACUAUGGGCUAACCCUCGGUGACCUCAUGGGCAUUCUACAUCAGUUCUUCACAAAAUUAGGAAUCACCAAACUGCGCUUCAAACCAGCCUACAACCCUUACACCGAGCCCAGUCUGGAGAUUUUCAGCUAUCAUGAAGGGCUGAAGAAGUGGGUGGAGGUAGGGAACUCUGGAGUCUUCAGGCCUGAGAUGCUGCUGCCAAUGGGCAUCCCAGAGGAGGUGUCUGUCAUUGCCUGGGGAUUAUCCUUAGAGAGGCCCACUAUGAUCAAGUAUGGAAUCAACAACAUCCGUGAGCUUGUGGGACACAAGGUCAACCUACAAAUGGUCUACGAUAGCCCCAUCUGUCGACUAGACUCUUGAAUUUCCACCGGGCAGGUAUCCAACUCCAUGUCCUGAUCAGCUGUCAACUAAGGACUCAUAUUUUCUGGCCCUUCCAGGCUGGCCAGUCCUCUGGUUUCCUAUUUAUACUGCCCUCUGUCGAUGUGUGGCUGCCGGACACAUCAUGGCUACGCUGCCAAAGAAGAAUUCUGUCUUCUGGGCAGUGUGAGGGAUAUCGGCUAUUAAUCACUGUUUUUAAAAUCACAUAUUCCAAAAUGGAUGGUUGACUUAAAACACUGAUUUAUUAUUAGCAGAUAGACCUGUCAUGACGCUGGCCUGGAAUUAGUAUUCUCAGCCAGGGAUGUGUCUGAGGGGCUGGCAUUGGCAGUAGUGGAUGCUUUGUGUAAAAUCUUAAUCUCUCCCUUUUUCCCUGCUAUGUUUGUAAAAAAGAAGCAUAACAAAACAAUACUCUAACCUGUGUGAACCCGAAAGAAGGGAAAUUCACCCAGGGUUGAAGUGGUUUAUUAAAGUUAUUCCCAGAA